UGAGAACGAAGCAACAGCAGGAAUGCUGAACAAACGCAGACGGUGAAUGAGAAAACACUGAGACGUAAGGAGAAAAAGAAGAGAUGCAGCAGUAUCCCAGUGUUGAACCUCAGACUGCGUGACUGACUGGUGUGUAGAGAGAGAGAAGGGAGGGGGAGGGGCAUGCUCUUGCUUGGGUGAGGAGCAAGCAGGCGAGCGAGCGGCAGCAUCUCUUUUGUGGCACGCUGCUGGGGGAACUGGCUGCCUAGAGCCGUGCAGGGCGCUCACUCCUCGCAGGCGCGCAUAGCGCCACCGCCUCUCCAGCACUGGCCGCCGCAGGGACAGCCUCUUUCACAGGCGCAGCACCGCGUACCGCAGCGGCACCAUGGCGCAAGCCGCUAAACAGCUCCGCAAGAACAAGGACCUACAGGAGCUCGCAGCCCAGGAGCAGCGAGAGAAGGAGGAGGAGAAGAUCAAGAAGAGGAACCGUUCGAGAGACCGCAGACGCAAGGCUCAUGUGGUUCAGCGCUGGCUUGUGCAUCAGGACUGUAGUUUGAGUGCAGAGGGUUCGCCGGAGGCUCAAGGUGGAAAAUGCUACUUUGGUGGAAGAGCAGAUACAUCAACUAGUUUCCUUCGUGCUGCACGCUCAGGUAAUCUGGAAAAGGCUCUGGACCAUCUAAAAAACGGAAUAGACAUCAACAUAGCCAAUCAGAAUGGACUCAACGGGUUGCACUUGGCCUCAAAAGAAGGCCACGUUAAGAUGGUGCUGGAGUUACUCCACAAUGGCAUUGACCUGGAGACUACCACAAAGAAAGGGAAUACCGCCCUCCAUAUUGCAGCUCUAGCCGGUCAAGAGAAAGUGGUCGCUGAACUCAUCAAUUAUGGUGCCAACGUCAAUGCCCAGUCUCAGAAAGGUUUCAGUCCCUUAUAUAUGGCAGCACAAGAAAACCACUUGGAAGUGGUGAAAUACCUACUUGAACAUGGUGCCAAUCAGAGCCUUCCAACGGAAGACGGCUUUACACCUUUGGCGGUAGCUCUUCAGCAGGGCCAUGAGAACGUGGUGGCCCUCUUAAUUAACUAUGGCACCAAGGGCAAAGUGCGUCUGCCCGCCCUGCACAUCGCAGCACGCAACGAUGACACACGCACUGCUGCCGUACUGCUGCAGAAUGACCCCAACCCAGACGUCCUGAGCAAGACCGGCUUUACUCCCCUUCACAUCGCGGCCCAUUAUGAGAAUCUCAGUGUAGCACAGCUUUUACUAAACAGAGGAGCCAAUGUGAACUUCACGCCUAAGAACGGCAUUACUCCAUUACAUAUUGCUUCCAGGAGAGGGAAUGUGAUUAUGGUGCGACUUCUCUUGGACAGAGGAGCUCAGAUAGAUGCCAAGACCAAGGAUGAGUUGACGCCGCUGCAUUGUGCAGCCAGGAACGGUCACGUACGUGUCGUGGAGAUCCUGCUAGAUCAGGGUGCUCCCAUACAGGCCAAAACUAAGAACGGCCUCUCUCCCAUCCACAUGGCUGCGCAAGGCGAUCACAUGGAUUGCGUGAGGCAGCUGCUGCAAUACAACGCAGAGAUCGAUGACAUCACCCUGGACCACCUGACCCCGCUGCAUGUUGCAGCACACUGUGGGCACCACCGCAUGGUCAAGGUGCUGCUGGACAAGGGGGCAAAAGCAAACGCCCGUGCCCUGAAUGGAUUCACCCCGUUGCACAUCGCCUGCAAAAAGAACCACAUGCGGUCCAUGGACCUUCUGCUGAAGCACUCAGCAUCUCUGGAGGCCGUGACUGAGUCGGGUUUGACGCCCCUUCACGUGGCUGCAUUCAUGGGCCAUCUCAACAUAGUAAAGAAUCUUCUUCAGAGAGGAGCUUCGCCCAACGCAUCUAAUGUGAAAGUUGAGACCCCUUUGCACAUGGCCGCCCGGGCGGGGCACUGUGAGGUGGCACAGUUCCUGCUGCAGAACAAUGCACAGGUGGAUGCUAAAGCCAAGGAUGAUCAGACACCCCUGCACUGUGCUGCUCGGAUGGGACAUAAGGAGUUGGUGAAGCUUCUGUUGGAGCAUAAGGCCAAUCCAGACUCAGCCACAACGUCAGGCCACACCCCUUUGCACAUCGCUGCCCGUGAGGGACACGCCCAAACCACACGCAUCCUGCUCGACGGGAACGCCCAGCAAACCAAAAUGACCAAGAAAGGAUUUACCCCUCUACAUGUAGCAUGUAAAUAUGGUAAAGUGGACGUGGCGGAGCUACUUUUAGAAAGAGGGGCCAAUCCUAAUGCAGCCGGAAAGAAUGGACUGACCCCUCUGCACGUGGCCGUCCAUCACAACAACCUUGAUGUAGUGAAGCUGCUGGUCAGCAAGGGCGGCUCUCCCCACAGCACUGCGAGAAACGGCUACACAGCCUUGCAUAUCGCAGCCAAGCAGAACCAACUGGAGGUGGCGGGCAGUCUGCUGCAGUACGGCGCUAAUGCCAAUUCAGAAUCACUACAGGGAAUUACCCCACUUCACCUGGCAUCACAGGAGGGGCAACCUGACAUGGUGGCAUUGCUCAUCUCCAAACAGGCCAAUGUUAACCUUGGCAACAAGAGCGGGUUGACACCUCUGCACCUGGUUGCUCAGGAGGGGCAUGUGGGCAUUUCAGACAUGCUGAUGAAACAAGGUGCCUCAGUCUAUGCAGCCUCAAGGAUGGGCUACACACCAUUACAUGUGGCGUGUCACUAUGGCAACAUAAAGAUGGUGAAGUUCUUACUCCAGCAGCAAGCCCAUGUUAACAGCAAGACCAGAAUGGGAUACACUCCUUUACAUCAAGCAGCUCAACAAGGUCAUACAGACAUUGUCACUCUGCUUCUGAAACAUGGAGCUCAGCCCAAUGAGAUUACCACUAAUGGGACGUCGCCCUUGGGUAUCGCAAAACGGCUAGGCUACAUCUCUGUCAUUGAUGUGCUCAAAAUGGUGACUGAGGAAUCUGCAUCUAUGAUCACCACCGAGAAGCAUCGCAUGAGUUUCCCAGAGACAGUGGAUGAAAUACUGGAUGUGUCAGAAGAUGAAGGAGUUGCUCAACUAACAUUAGGUGAUGAGCUUCUCGGGAUGGACGGGGCUCGCUAUCUGAAGCUGGAUGAUCUGAAAGACCAGGACGAUGAUUUUCUUUCCCCUAAGAAAACCCUGAGAGACUUUGAGAGUGGACUGGGCACAACACCGUACUCACCUGCAAUUCCCAGAAUUCCAUGCGUGUCACCCGAAACUGUCAUGCUGGACCAGCACACCCCUGUCCCUUUGCCAAAGGAGUAUGAUGAGGAUUCUCUUAUCCCCAGUAGUCCAGCCACAGAGACCUCAGACAACGUUAGCCCAGUGGCCAGCCCCAUCCACACUGGGUUUCUGGUUAGCUUCAUGGUGGAUGCAAGAGGCGGGUCUAUGCGUGGCAGCAGACAUAAUGGUUUGCGUGUCAUCAUCCCGCCACGCACCUGUGCCGCCCCCACACGCAUCACCUGCCGUCUGGUCAAACCACAGAAACUCACCACCCCACCCCCUCUGGUGGAGGGAGAGGGGCUCGCAUCACGUAUUAUCUCACUGGGGCCUUCCAGUAUGCAGUUCCUGGGGCCUGUGAUAGUGGAGAUUCCUCACUUUGCAUCUCUGAGUCGGGGCGAUCGGGAACUGGUGGUUCUGCGAAGUGAGAACGGCUCGGUAUGGAAAGAGCAUCGUAAUCGCUAUGGCGAUGACGUGCUGGAGACCAUCCUUAACGGCAUGGAUGAAGACCUGGAAAGUCAAGAGGAGCUAGAAAAGAAGAGAAUCCGGCGCAUAAUCUCAACAGACUUCCCGCUGUACUUUGCUGUGGUGUCACGUAUCCAGCAGGAGAGCGAUCUCAUUGGCCCAGAGGGCGGUCAGCUGACAAGUAAACUGGUUCCCCAGGUCCAGUCUAUUUUCCCUGAGACAGCGGUAACCAAAAGGGUCCGACUUGGCCUGCAGGCUCAGCCAAUCCCUGAUGAGCUGCUGACUCGGCAGUUAGGAAACCAGGCCACGUUCAGCCCCGUCGUGACAGUAGAGCCUCGUCGGCGUAAAUUCCACCGACCGAUUGGGCUCCGCAUCCCUUUACCUCCAUCCUGGAGGGAGAGCCCACGUGACGCUGGUGAGGGGGACACUACCAGUCUCCGCCUCCUCUGCAGUGUUAUUGGUGGCACCGCCCCCGCUCAGUGGGAGGACAUCACUGGUACCACCAAGCUUAUGUAUUCUCACAACUGUGCCAACUUCACCACUAACGUGUCCGCAAGGUUUUGGCUGGCGGACUGUCCACGAACCGCGGAGGCCGUGACCUUCGCCAACCUGCUGUACCGUGAGCUGAUGUCAGUGCCGUACAUGGCCAAAUUUGUGGUGUUCGCUAAGAUGAAUGAUGUCAGAGAGGGUCGCCUGCGCUGCUACUGCAUGACGGACGACAAAAUAGACAAAACCCUGGAGCUGCACGAGAACUUCUCAGAGGUGGCUCGCAGCAGGGACAUCGAGGUGAUGGAGGGGAUGCCGCUGCACUUAGAAUGUUCCGGAAACAUGGUGCCAGUGAGGAAAGCCACCCAGCAGCCGCGGAGUUUCAGUUUCCAGGCCUUCAGAGACAACCGGCUACCUGUCUCUGUAAAGGUACGAGACGCCAACAAAGAAGCCACCGGGUUCCUGUCCUUCCUGCGCAAGUCCACCAAAUAUGAGGACACGCAGCACGUGCUGUGCAACCUCAACAUCACCAUGCCAGCUUGUGUAAAGGUGGUGGGCAGUGACGAGAGACGGAGAACGUUGACCCCUCUUGCCCUGAGAGAGAGAUACAGCGCCCUAAAUGAGUCGGGCCUGGCCACUGUGAAUGUCAUAGAGAAAACUGAGAUGAAGAUCUCACUAAUAUCUGAACAGCUGGGACUGAGCUGGACAGAGCUGGCGAGGGAGCUGCAGUUUGGUGUGGACGACAUUAAUCGGAUCAGAGUGGAGAAUCCCAACUCCCUACUGGACCAAAGUUCAGCUCUCCUCAACCUGUGGGUUAGCCGAGAGGACAAGAAAGCCAAGUUGGAGAAUCUGUAUGGAGCUUUGAAGAACAUUGACCGGUCAGACAUUGUGAAGUCUCUGGAGGAUCAGGCUCCACAGGCGACUCUCGAGGAAGCGGAGGAAGGAGCCUGCAGAUUGGCUGAUCGUGACUCCACCAUGCUUUCUCCAAGUGUCAUCAACGGUUAUGGGCUGGUGCAGGAGGAGCUGCUCUCCCCCGCUUCUAUGCAGUACAGCCUGCCCUCCCCACUGGGCAUCGAGCCAUACUGGCAGGAGGUGUCCAGCCUGGAAUGCGCUCCCAUCGCCACCACUGAGGAGGACACGAUGAUGGAGAUGUCAGAUGUGCAGGUGUGGCCAGCGGGGGUCAGUCCGUCACUGGUAACAGUCGAGGACUCGUCCCUGGACUGCAGCAGCCGCGCGGACGACUCUGAGGCCAACACGUUGAGUCUGCCCUGCAGCAGCUUGGGGAGGCCUAGCAGCGGAGCCAGCGGGGCCAGUGGCUCUAUCAUGGAGCUAGAGGAGGAGGAGGAAGAAGAGGAAGUCGAUGAAGAUGACAUACAGCACGACCUGGCAUCCGGAUGCACGGAAAAAGCUUGGGCUAGUGGCGCUGUCCCAAAGUCCAACUACAAUGGGCAGGCCGGAGGUCAGAGGUCGGAGGGCAAGAGGACAGAGGUGGUGGCGGGCGGCAGUGUGACGUGUGUAGCUAGAGGAGGAGGAAAGGGUGGAAAGGGGGCAAGUUCAGAGGAAAAGUUUUCUGUACUUACAGGGCAACAGAUCUACGCCCAGUUGUGCGAGAGAACCGGAUUGACACGAGCGUUAGAACACAACGGAGACAGGCUUGGUGGCGGGGCUUUCCAGCCGUACUCGCAGGAGAAAGAAGGUUCCCUCCACAGCUGGUCCCAACCCAAAGCAAAGCAGACCAUAGAUGCCAUGAUGUCAUCGUCCCAGGACCACAAUCAGUCACGUGUAGCACAGGAGGCCCUCCUUACACCGGUAUGUGAUACAGGCCAUUUGGAGGUCCUGCGUGGGCGUCUGCUGGGCACUCAGCCCUUUGAUAAAGGGCUGGGCUUCUCCCAUCAGGAGGGAGAAUUGCUGGCAUGGGACAAGGACAGACGGAAGGCACAGAAGGAUGAUCCAAUAGAUCUCACCGGUGAUCACCUCCAUGAAGAGAAGUUUGCCGAUGAGCACGGGAAUGUUGUGAGCAAGUUGGGUGUGGAUGUGAAGAGGGAUGUACAGGCCGUGAAGCACUCCAGUCUACGAAGAGUAAAGCACUGAAACCAACACAUAUUGUCCUGAAGGGUCGGACAUCCACUGCCAAACCAUCCUUCACCUACGCACACUUGGGAGAAAGGACGACACACGGAACAAGGGGAAAAAACAUAAGCCGAGGAAUUAAAAACAAGCAGUAAAAGAGAUCAACAACACAUCCCGUCCAAACCCAACAACAGUCAAGUCACCGGAACGAAAAGGAGAAGGAGUCCUACCUGUAGUUUUGUAACAUUUAUAAACAGAAAAAAGCAACUAGCUUAGGGCAUGAACUUGUUUUGUACAAAACGCGGAAAAAAACAACAGCAAACAAAAAGUGCUUCCUGUAAACGCAUGACUGACUGCUGGUGCAUGACCUACGAGCUGUCAUUAUCUAAGAAAACUGAGGGGGUACAAGGUAAAGGGCCGUUCCCGGAUUGGGUUGGGGGGUACUCAACGACCUUUUAUCUUGAAAAACAGGAGUCUCUGGAACACAACAGCCCAAAAAAGCAACAGUUCUUUAUUUUGUCGAACGGAUUGUCAAAACACAGCAGCAUAGUUGAUGCUAAGCCUGUCCCUUCAUUUACACAGGCCCUUUAUCCUGUUAUUUAAUGUGAUAUAUGCACUCUAUGCUACGUGAAUGUGUGUCGGUGUGUGUGCGUGUGUCGGUAUCUAAUGCAUGUGUACUUGCUUCUGAGCUUUUUUUCUGGAUCGGUCAGAGCUAAUUUGGUGUUUGCCAUGGAAAUGAGAAUAAGCCUCUGUGCUCUCCUGCUCGUGAACGUCCGUCCGACUUUGUGAAACGUAUUUGUGUUCCUUUGAACUCUGUCGGCCACCUAUUGCUUUUGCUAUGAUUUUAAAGGGCCCCCUUCCUUCGGACAGUGUUAACAUUUGGUCUUAACUUGAAGGUGGCAAAGCUCUGUAUGUACAACACCCCAUGUUUCUGACAACCUAUGGAGGGCACACGCUUAUAUUGUCUUCUAUUGUGUUCUGACAGUUCACGACCCUAUUUUCAUCUCGACCUCUGACCAACCGACCAUCUGUUCAUCCACAUUUGUUACUCCGCUUUAUGCUAAGCCACCAUGUCGGACCGAUUUCAGAGACUAAUGUAGCAUUGCAUGCUGGUUAACACUCUUUUCAUGCUGUUCUCUGGGGUUGGCACUCGGCCCCUUAGUUUUGAUUUAUUCUAUAUUAUUUAUCAAGCUGUGCUGGUGAAAAAUGAUUGUAGCUGUGACACGUGGGGCUUGGGGACUAUCUCUGAGUAACUGCUUUUGUGAUGUUUGGGAUUUAAGAUGGUGAAAAGGAUGCAUUUUAAACUUGAUUUCUUUUUCUUUUAGAUGUACAGUUUUAAAUAGACAGAUAAAUAUACAGACAGCACUGUGACAGUCCACCUUAAAAUUGACCCCUGAACUGUGAACUCUCAACUGUCUGUCUCACUUUUUGGUUUCAAAUGUCUUACUAUUACGUACCAACAUAGUACUCACACAUACCAACAAGGUUAUACUUAACUUGUCCACCUACGGGAUUCUUUACUAUUGCAAGCACAUGUUAACGAUGUCCUGUUGACAACAUUCGCAUGGAUCACCUUUGUUGAUUUUAUUUUACUAUGAAAGAGCCCAAACAUAACUCUUAAAAUAUAGUCUACCAAAGCAAUAAUAUCAACGUGCUGAAACAGUUGGGAUACUGCGUUGUCGCUGGUGUGCGUGUUUCCGUGUUCAUCUGAACCUGUCUCUGUGAGUGCUUGUGUGUUCAGUAUCUACUGUAUUUACCCAACAUUUUAGUAGCAUUUGUAAGAUGUAAGCAUGCACAAGUAUCUCACAAAGGUCAAACAGUAUGCAAUUACGUGAUCUACACACCAACUCGAGUUCCCUGAACGGAGAUAGCUGUGUAAUGGGCAAAGCAUUGUUUAUGGAGUCAUGACUGGCAAGCCGAAUGCUGAAAAUCAGGGAAGGUGCUCAGCAUUUAACCACAGCGCAGUAGCUUACAUAGUCAUGGGCACGCCGUGAUCUCGGUUCACACAUUCAUAUCAUUUAGUUUGAGAUGAGUGAAUGAGCGGACGCAUGAAUGAUCAACUGAAUAAAUGAAUGAACUUAUCGUCCAAUCAAAGACAUGUUUAAUUAAGGAAUGCAUGGACAAUUGGAUGAAUGACAUUGAUUGUACUUUGUAUUUAAACAUUUUAAAUUAGAUCCUUGUGAUUCUUUAUCUGGGGUUCAGUGAUGUUGUUUGCUUUGUGAAAUUGCACACAUCCCUUCUCACCAACAGUCAUUGAGACAUUCAUGAAUUCUGCCUCACACUGUAUAUUAUUUUUCACAGUUCACUCAGGUUUGUGUUGACAAAUGAUUUCUCUUCCAUGUUUCUGGUUUGUGACAUAUAUAGGUAAAUCCACUCUCAGCCGUAUGAGGACUGUCAGUGAGGGGUGUUGUGGGUAGGGAUAGUGACCUUAGCAUGAAGGACAUGGAAACAUGUUCGGUACCUUAUUGCUGCUGUAACGGUUGAAUAUGUUUAAUAUUCUGAAAACAAAGUGGGGAAAGGGAAGAAAAUAUUUUGUUUUUUUGUUUGUUUUGAACGGAACAAAAUGAUUCAUUCAUUGCAAUCGUUAUGUAUUAAAGAGUUUAUGUAAAAUGUUUAACUGUUGCAAAAAUCUAGACUUCACCUAUACUCCUUUAGAAUGGAUUAAUGACAAUAUAAACGCAAUAUCAUAUUACUCUGUACUAAGGAAUGCAACUGCGCACAUGCACAGAAAAGAUGUUUUUAAUAAAGAAUAUAUGUAUAAAUAUAUGACAAAAUAUAUUUAAUUAGAAUGCUAUGCACCCUUAUUAGAGUUGUUAUGGAUGUACUUAUACUAGUUAGAAUCCAGUGCUACAUGCCCAUGUCAUGGGGAAUGUAGAGGCUUUGUAGCUAUUUGAACAUGUUUUCGUCUUCUUUCUUUUUUUAUUGUAAUGGAGAGAGGAAAUACGAACAUUGAAUAUAUAUACAAGCCUUUUAUUCAGAAUCAUUCUCACAUGAAGAUAUGUAUAGACCAUUUACCCUGCACACCAGCUCAGAUCAUUUACGAACAUUAAUAAAGAAAGAUGUGACAUAUUGUGGCACUGUGUGCGUGUGUAA